UACUCUCAUUUCAUAACGCAUAUAUUCAUUGUUACACAAACUUGAGAAAAAACAUUUCACAAACUUUUCAUUUGGUUUAUUCUUUUUCUGUGUAUUGUAGUGAUAAUUAUUUGGUUGCGAAACAAUUAUGGCAGAACACCAGCACAACAAGGAUGAGAAUGAGACUACUACUACCACCCCUGGUGGUAAUGAGGGAGCUGUGGAGACCAAGAGCCGAGGCUUUUUUGAUUUCUUGGGGACUACUGCUACCACCCCUAGUGGUAAUGAGGGAGCUGUAGAGAGCAAGAGCCGAGGCUACUUUGAUUUCUUGGGGACUACUAAGAAAGAGGAGAAGCCAAAAGAGGAGGAGAUGGCUUCUGAGUUUGAGAAAGUCAGAGUGUCUGAAGAGAAGGAGGAAGAGAAGAAACAUGGUCUCUUGGGGAAGAAGGAAGAAGAGAAAUUCCCUGUUUCUGAAUCUUAUUCUGGCCCAAAGCCUGAAGAGGAUUACCACAAGGAGGAGAGGAAAGAAGAAGAGAAGAAACGUGGUCUCUAUCAGAAAAAGGAAGAGGAGGGAGUCCCAGCGUAUGAGUCUCAUUCUCAACCAAAGACUGCAGAGGAUUACCACAAGGAGGAGAGGAAGGAAGAAGAGAAGAAACGUGGUCUCUAUCAGAAGAAGGAAGAGGAGAGAGUCCCAGCGUAUGAGUCUCAUUCUCAACCAAAGACUGCGGAGGAUUACUACAAGGAGGAGAGGAAGGAAGAAGAGAAGAAACGUGGUCUCUUCCAUAAUAAGGAAGAGGAGAAAGUCUCAGUGUAUGAGCCCCAUUCUCAACCAAAGCCUGGAGAAGAUUACUAUAAGGAGGAGAGGAAGGAAGAAGAGAAGAAACGUGGUCUCUUCCAUAAUAAGGAAGAGGAGAAAGUCUCAGUGUAUGAGCCUCAUUCUCAACCAAAGCCUGCAGAAGAUUACUACAAGGAGGAGAGGAAGGAAGAAGAGAAGAAACGUGGUCUCUUCCAUAAUAAGGAAGAGGAGAAAGUAUCAGUGUAUGAGCCCCAUUCUCAACCAAAGCCUGGAGAGGAUUACUACAAGGAGGAGAGGAAGGAAGAAGAGAAGAAACGUGGUCUCUUCCAUAAUAAGGAAGAGGAGAAAGUCUCAGUGUAUGAGCCCCAUUCUCAAACAAAGCCUGGAGAGGAUUACUACAAGGAGGAGAGGAAGGAAGAUGAGAAGGAACGUGGUCUCUAUCAGAAGAAGGAAGAGGAGAGAGUCCCAGGGUAUGAGUCUCAUUCUCAACCUAAGACUGCAGAGGAUUACUACAAGGAGGAGAGGAAGGAAGAAGAGAAGAAACGUGGUCUCUUCCAUAAUAAGGAAGAGGAGAAAGUCUCAGCAUAUGAGCCUCAUUCUCAACCAAAGCCUGCAGAGGAUUACCACAAGGAGAAGAGGAAGGAAGAAGAGAAGAAACGUGGUCUCUUCCAUAAUAGGGAAGAGGAGAAAGUCUCAGUGUAUGAGCCCCACAAGGAGGAGAGGAAGGAAGAAGAGAAGAAACGCGGUCUCUUCCAUAAUAAGGAAGAGGAGAAAGCUUCAGUGUAUAAGCCUCAUUCUCAACCAAAGCCUGUAGAGAUGUACAAGGAGGAGAGGAAGGAAGAAGAGAAGAAACGCGGUCUCUUCCAUAAUAAGGAAGAGGAGAAAGCUUCAGUGUAUGAGCCUCAUUCUCAACCAAAGCCUGUAGAGAUGUACAAGGAGGAGAGGAAGGAAGAAGAGAAGAAACGCGGUCUCUUCCAGAAUAAAGAAGAGGAGAAAGCCUCAGUAUAUGGGUCUCAUUCUCACCCAAAGCCUGUAGAGGAGUACAAGGAAGAGAAAAAGAAGGAAGAAGAGAAGAAACCUAAUCUCUCCGACUUGCUACACCGACCUAACAAGAGCUCUCCUAGCGAUGAGAACGAAGGUGAAGGAGAAGAGCAGAAGAAGAGAAGGGAGGAAAAUAAGGGACUGAAGGAUAAAAUCAAGGAGAAGAUAGGUGGAGGAGACAAGGCAGAAGAGAAGAAGCACGAGGACACCAGCAUCCCAGUUGAGAGGUACGACAAACUCCCAGUCCCACAGGCACCAUCGGCAGAGCCAGCUCAUGCUGAAGAAAAGAAGGGCUUCCUUGGAAAGAUUAAGGGAAAACUUCCAGGCCAUCACAAGAAGCCUGAAGAUGUGCCAUCUUCUCCUCCUUCGGUUGCAGAGUAUACCACUUCUGAGCCACCUACUCAUCAUGAAGGCGAUGUGAAGGAGAAGAAGGGCAUUUUGGAGAAGAUCAAGGAGAAGAUCCCUGGUUACCACCCAAAGACUGAGGAAGAGAAGGAGAAAGAGAAAGAGUCUGCUGCCCAUUAAGAACAGCUCGUUGUUGUGUUUACAAAAAUGUUGGCGCUUGUGUGGUUUGUUUGUUAAUUUGAUAUGCUGUGUUUAUUUUAUUUAUUUUUACAUAUAAAAAAAUACUUUGUACAAGUGCUUUUACGUGCUUAUAUGUGAGUUUUGUAAAAAAAAAAAAAGAGAGUUGUUAUUUGCUUUUUUUUUUUUUAAUUAAAAAGUAUUUGCGAGUUAUAUAUAUAUAUAUAUAUGUAUGCAAUAAUAUUUAUUGGACUGGUUUAGCUACAA